UAAAUUGUUAAGUACGGAAUAUAGUUUUUAAGCCCCAUAUAAUCAGGAACAUUCAAGAGGUUAUAAUUAUCGAAAAUCCAAAUUUCAAUUCUACUGGUAUAAUUCCAAAAAAUUUACCCUCCAAAUUUAACCAAAAAACAAAGCCAUAACUCAGAAAGUUCAUGUUUUUGCUCCCACAAAUACAGGUGGUUGUAAGUAUUCAUGCAUUAGUAGCGGAGUAAGGAUUUGAUAUUGAAGCAAUGCAAAAGGAUAGUAAUUCUGGUGCCCCUGGAACACCACGACUACGUCGUCGCAGAGGAUCAAAUGAGGUUCCUCAGGAGGUUGUCAAAGCAAAUGGAGCCCAUUUGCUCGUUGACGAUCGGAGCAAGUAUAGGUCAAUGUUGAUCCGUCUAUAUUCAACUCUCUGGAUGAUUGGCGGUUUUGCUUUCGUCAUUUACAUGGGGCAUCUUUAUAUUUGGGCUAUGAUAGUAGUUAUACAAAUUUUUAUGGCAAAGGAGUUGUUCAUUCUACUUAGGAAAGCGCAUGAAGACAAGCAACUUCCUGGUUUCAGGCUAUUAAAUUGGCACUUUUUCUUUACAGCUAUGCUGUUUGUAUACGGACGCAUCCUGAGCCAGAGGCUUGUCAACACGGUUACUUCAGACAAAUUUUUAUACAAGCUUGUUAGCAGAUUUAUCAAGUAUCACAUGGUCACGUGUUAUUUCUUGUAUAUCGCAGGUUUUAUGUGGUUCAUUUUGACAUUGAAGAAGAAGAGGUACAAGUAUCAAUUUGGCCAGUACGCUUGGACUCAUAUGAUUCUGAUUGUAGUGUUUACUCAGUCCUCUUUCACUGUAGCCAAUAUUUUCGAGGGAAUUUUCUGGUUCCUUCUUCCAGCGUCACUCAUUGUCAUCAAUGAUAUAACUGCUUAUAUUUUUGGUUUCUUCUUUGGAAGAACUCCUUUGAUCAAGUUGUCCCCCAAGAAAACUUGGGAGGGCUUUAUUGGGGCAUCAGUAUCAACCAUUAUCUCCGCAUUUCUGCUUGCCAAUAUAUUUGGUCGCUUCAGGUGGCUAACAUGUCCUAGGAAGGAUUUAUCAGCUGGGUGGCUUGAUUGUGAUCCUGGCCUACUGUUUAAACCAGAUUAUUUUACUGUACCUGAGUGGUUUUCUGCAUGGUUUCCUUGGAGAGAGAUCUCUGUUUUGCCUGUGCAAUGGCAUGCCUUGUGGCUUGGCUUGUUUGCAUCAAUCAUAGCGCCUUUUGGAGGCUUUUUUGCUAGCGGCUUUAAGAGAGCCUUCAAGAUUAAGGAUUUUGGUGAUAGUAUACCUGGACAUGGUGGCAUCACAGAUAGAAUGGAUUGUCAGAUGGUGAUGGCUGUUUUUGCAUAUAUCUAUCAUCAGUCUUUUGUGGCGCCUCAGAACUUGUCAAUUGAGAUGGUCUUGGAUCAGAUAAUAAUGAACCUGAGCCUUGAUGAGCAGCGAGAUCUGUACUUGAAACUUGGGCAAAUCAUCCAGGAGAAAAUGUUUGGAGAAUCCUGAGCACAUAUUGUAUAUGUUUUCUUUUUUUGUUAGCGUCGCUGCUGUUGACAUUUUGCACACUGUACAGUGCUGUCACCCUCCGGCCUCCUCCUCCCCCUCUCUCUGUCGCGCUCUAUUUUGUAUUGCUGGUUUGUUUUUCUCCUUGUAUUCUUUAGUAGUUCAGUGGAUUGCUACUAUAUUGAUCAAAUUAUAGGCAAGAUAAAGCAUCAUCUAUGAAACUGCAGAAAGCUAGAUAUUGUUAUGACAUAUACUUGAGACAAAUAUGAUUGAUUCAAAAGAUGCAUUUAGCUCCCA